AUGGCCGCGGAUAAUUUUCUGACGAUUCUCAGCGGUUUGCACCCCGUAGAGACCAAGCGGGUCAUCGAGAAUAUAAGCCUAGACCUUCUUCCAUGGAGUUCCUCGGUCUGCACCCUGAGCUGUCCCACGGGCGAGGUCAUCGCCCUGCUCCGCGAGAAGGGCGCGAUCUACAUUGAGGAGGGCGAUGCAGAGUUCCUGCGCGAUCGCAGGCACCAGGCGACGCGCGCCGUCAUAGACGAGCGCACGAGCACUCUGGCUGCUGGACUCCGUCGUCGCGAGCUGCUUCAGGAGCAAAUGGAGGGCGGGCACAUCAGCGUUCGACCUGACUGCCCAGGCUGUCGCGGAGCCCACGGCCGCCUUCGCGCCCAUCGUCGUUUCGACGUCUCCACGAGGCCUGGGGGCCAGCUCAGUAUCGACACGUCUGGGCCGCACCUCCCCGGACGGUGGCCCUCCAGCCGCCCCGAGAACUCGGCCAAGCAAGCCGUUCACUUCCUCCUGGGGGCCCACGUCGUCGAGACUCCGGCUGCUAAGAAGGACCGCGAGCGCUUGGAGUCGAUCGCGAAGGAGAACGCGUUUGCGGGCCCUCCGACUCCCAAGCCCGAGCCCACCGUGCCCGCGGAGUCCGACAUCGGCGGCGCCCCUCGGCUCGACGCUGCGGUCGUGGGCGACUCCGUCGGGCAGGAUGCCGAAUUGGCGAUGAAGGUGGUGGCCAUGUUCGGCGUGAAUUCCCUCAGGGACCUGGAGCUGCGGACGAACCAUGUCGGGCUGAGCGUCUGCGUGCCCAACUCCGGUCCCUCGGCGCGGCCCGGCAGGCCGAAGCGCGAGCCCCCCCAGGAACAGGGGGAGGAGGAGUCUCCAGGCGGCGACCCCAGCAUUGCGGCCGACGCAGAGGUCGAGGACGAGAGCGGCACGAUCUCCAAGACAUGGUACUUCUGUGUGCCGCUGGAGAACCUCAAGGCCGCCAGUUGCAUUCGCGCCAUCGAAUCUAUCCUCGCCCAUCAUCGCUCCGUGCAGCAUUCUGCGUACUGCUCCAGGAUGCACGCACAGGAUAGACCAGUGAAGUGCCCCGCUUUCGGUGCGAAGGUCUGCGCUCGCAUCGAGGAUGUCCCCUCGUCCAUGUGGGCGGAGCUGGCGCGCGACGCCGGGCGGAAGGACCUCGCCGCGAAGCGACCUGUGCAGCGGUGGGUCAUCGAGUCCUCGUCGUCCUUCGCAUUGACGUUCGCGGUGAGGAUCCAGGAGCAGGAGAAGCUCCACCAGAUAGCGUUGCACAGGCGCCACCUGUUGAAUCGACCGGCGCUGGAUUUCCGGAAGGUGCACUUCACGUUGACCACGGCCUCGGAGGAUCAUCGGGCGACCAUCUUCGACGACCUGCCCGCGCAGACGGUGGCCGAGAUCAACCUUUCGAUCGCGGAGCUCUUGGUGGCGGAUUCUCCUGCCCGGCCUGCCGCGGACGACGCGUCAAGCACACCAGGGGCCACAGGUGCAGGCUGGGGUCAGGAGGAGCCAAUUCGCAACGCGCUGCGCUUGCAGGUUUUGGUCUUCGUGACGGUUCCGAUCCUCGGCUUCCGCUUCCCACGCGCCACCCUCGCCGCGGACGACGACAACGCGCCUCCCGAGUUCACCAAGAUUGUGAAGGACAGCGGGCUGAGCAUCGUCACGCGCGCAGAGAUCGCGAAGACGAGCGGGAUGACCAGGGGGAAGUGGCGAGCGGCACUCGAGAGCGAGCUCAACAGCCUGGAGGACGUUUGUCUUCGUCCCCUCACGGCCUCGGCGGCGCACUCAGUGAAGCCCUCCGAGAUAUUGCCCAUGAAGGUGGUCGCGGGGCAGAAGGCUCCAGACGCUUCGGGCUAUCGGCGCUUCAAGGCGCGCGGCUGCGUGCGCGGCAACUUCGAGGCGGUGGGCCCCGCGGGGCAGACCUUCACGCAGAACUUGGACAUUGCCAGCCUCCGCGUGGCGCUCGCCGUGCGUGCGCGCCGUCGUUGGAGUGCGUCGGCCCUCGACGUCUCUACCGCGUUUCUGCACGCGUUCCUCCCCGUGGGCAAGAAGCGAGUGGUCAUUCGCCCACCGGCCAUCUUCGUCAAGUUCGGGCCGGUGCCGGCGGGCGAGCUCUGGGCGGCCGAGAGGGCCAUCUACGGCCUUAGGUGCUCACCGAAGGCUUGGGGCGAUCUGCGCGACGCGGCGCUCCGCAAGCUGACGUUCACCGUCGGCGCGCUCCACUGCCGCGUCGAGCAGUCUGCGGUCGAUAGCUCGGUCUGGCUCGUCAAAGCCGACGGGGUGGACGACGUCCAGGGCUAUGCGCUGAGCUACGUGGGCGACUUCUUGUUCAUGGGCCCCGAGGACGUGGCGAGGGCCCUGCAGACCUCCAUCGGCGCGCUCUGGACCACGAGUUCCCAGAAGAUCAUCUCCCCGGACCGUCCGGGAACCAUCCGGUACUUGUCCAUCGACAUCGGCACCGACGCCCACCGACUGACGUUGCGCCAGCACGAGUACGUUAACGACAUGUUGAUGAAGUGGAACAUGGCGCAGUGCAACGGCAGCCAGUCGAUCAACCCCGACGACGAGAACUACUUGCCCUUCGCGCCCGAGGACGACGAGGGGAAGCAUGGCCCUGAUGCUGUGGGUUCCUUCUUGCUUUCGAGCCGCAAUCUGCCAGACCUGUCCUACAGCGUCUCGCGGAUCUCCAGCCAUGCGACUCGGAGGCCGCGUAUGUCCCUCGUUCUGGGCAAGAAGGUCUUGCGGUACUUGGCGGCUACCCGCCAGUUGGCGCUAGUUUACGUGCUGAGCACCCCCCGCGAGCUGCAGGACCUCAUCUGUCAGCUGGACGCGUUCGCGGAUGCCCGCCACGGCGACGCGGGUGCGCAGACAGGCGUCGCAUGUUGCAUGUACGAGCGCAUGCUGGUAGACUGGCGCAGCUUGAGGCAGCAGCUGGUCUGCUUCUCGACGGCCGAGGCGGUCGCCCACUCCAUGGGGCUGGAGACGACCGCGGCCCUCCACGGCGACAACCAAGCGGCGAACCGCAUCGCCGAGGGUCGCGGCAGUUGGAGGACGAGGGGCCUAAUGACUAAGGACAACGCCAUCCGGAGCCGAGUCGAGCGCGGCAUGCUGGAGCUGAUCUACGUGGAGACAGCUUUGAUGCGCGCCGACGGGCUCACUAAGAGCAGGGGGCCCGACCACGUGGCGCAG